AGGCCGUCGUACGAUUACUACUCGAUGCCGGCGCCACCGUCGACACGAAAGAUGGUUACUACGGCCGAACGCCGCUAUCAUGGGCUGCCGAGAACGGCCAAGAGGCUAUCGUACGAUUACUACUCGAUGCCGGCGCCACCGUUGACACGAAAGAUCGCUGCAGCCGAACGCCGCUAUCGCAGGCUGCCGAGAACGGCCAAGAGGCUGUUGUACGAUUACUACUCGAUGCCGGCGCCACCGUCGACACGAAAGAUUACCACGGCCGAACACCGCUUUUGCGGGCUACUAGGGAGGGCCACGAGGCUGUCGUACGAUUACUGCAAUGUCAUGCCUAUACCAGUGGUACGCCGGCAGUCUCUACUUGCCUCACGAUGUCGCACUACGAUUCGACAGAACCGACAAGAGAAUGA